AUGGGUUCAACUAGCUUUACCAAUCCCUAUGCGAUCGAAGUAAUUCGGAUGAAGAAAAACGAGCUGGUCAGUGGCAUUUUGAAUACAGAGGAUUUGCUGGAUCUCCUCAUUUCAAAUGGCGUUCUUCAACCCGACAGCCGAGCACUGAUGUCCAGCAUCACUGUGCGAGAGGAAAAGAACUCCAGGAUGCUAAACAUCUUGAUCUCGAGAGGAGAGCGCGCCUGCCGUAUCUUCUUCUACCCUUGUCUGAAACGAGUGGAGCCUGACCUUUACCAGCAUAUGAGAACUUAUGUAGGAGGGGUUAAUGAGGGCAUUAAAGAUGCACGGAGACAGCUGAUAGGAUAUCUGCUGGAGAAGGACAAACAAGGUCUUGUCAAAUACUCAAAAUCCAACAAGGAGCUUACUCCUGAAAGAAUCCAACCGAAUUCAAUAACAAAUAAGGCUACAUCUUCAACAGAACAAAUAAAUCAAAUCCCCAAAGCUGAAAGUGAGCAUGAUGCCAUCCUCAAAGCCAUAUCCUCAGGUGAUGUAUAUCUCCUCCAGGAGCUGCUCAAAGGUUUGGAUGUCAAUACUGCUCUCUCGUCCACUGAUACUCUGCUGCAUCUCGCUGCUGAACAUGGUAAGGAGGCAAUUGUGUACUUUCUGCUCAGACAAGGGUUGAAACUGAACCUUAAGGACAGGGAGGGUCGUACUGCCCUGCACAGAGCGUCAGAACGAGGCCAUACUGCUGUUGCUCUGGCCCUUGCGAAGGCUGGUGCAGACAUCCAUGCAACUGACCAAAUGUCAAAGACUCCUUUGCAUCUGGCUGCUCAAAAUGGACACGAGAGUACGGUCAAAGCUCUAGUGCAUGAGGAGAAGAAAAGCCUCAAGAACCAGACAACAGUUCUGCACAUGGCAGCCAUUGAGGAUGACGCAACACUGGCACAGGUUCUUCUGCGAAACGGCGCUUUAGUAGAUACCAGAGAUGGCCGAAGGAAGACGGCUCUCUAUCACGCUGUCCGCCAUGGAAAUGAGAAAACCGCCGCCGUGCUGUUGAAGGCCGGAGCCCAGGUGGACCCUGUGAUUGUGGAUGCUGCUUUUGAGCUGAACAGGAAGUCUCUACUCUCUCUGUUUUUGAAGUAUGUCCAGAAGUCCAUGUCUCAGAAUGAGAUCACCUCAGCUCUUUUUAAAGCGGUACGGAGGAACUUGGACGGGGUCGUGGCUGCGCUUAUUGAUCAUGGUGCGGAUGUUAAUAGUUGUAAUGAGCUUGGAUACACACCUAUGCUUCUAGCCACAGAGCUGGGAAAUGCUGAGGCCUUCAAAGUACUGGUCUCAAAAAAGGCCAGACUGGAUGAGAGACUACCAAACCAGAUCUCUGGUCUUCACUUGGCUAUCCAAAGCGGCAGUAUGCAAAUAGCACAGAUAUUGUUGGAUAAGGGCAUAGACCCCAAUAUCACUGGCCCUAAAGAUCAGACCCCUCUCCAUCUAAGUGCAGUACAUAACCAGCCAGCGUUGAUGGCACUGUUGUUGCGUGUGGGGGCUCAGAUUAACUCUGUCACCCAGGAUGGGCUUACUCCCCUGCACCUCGCCAGCCAGAGCGGCCACACUGAAGCGGUCGCCCAACUGCUGGAGGGCAAGGCCGACAUCCAUGUCAAAGACAAACAGGGAAGAACAGCACUACACUGUGCGGCAGCACAAGGUGAAGUGAGCGUCAUACAGUUGCUGCUCGCUGCUGGGAGUGACGCCAAUGCCACUGAAAAAGAGAAGAAGACCCCACUGCACCUGGCUGCAAUGGAGGGACACACUAAGGCAGUUUCAGUGCUGCUGGCUGGUAAAGCUAAAGUUGGAGCUAAGGACAUGGAUGGCUGCUCUCCUCUGCAUCACACUGCUCGAAACGGGAAGGAAAGAGCAGCUGGUGUUCUUCUUGCAUCUGGUAAGAGCAAGAAUGUGGAUGAUAAGAACGUGUGGAGGAGGACUCCUCUGCAUUUAGCUGCAGAGCAUGGCCAUGAGCUGCUGGUGGGCCUUUUACUGGAGAACGGAGCGAAGAUCAACUCAAUGGAUAACAAGAAAGACACACCGCUGCACUGCGCUUGCCGUGACGGGCAUGUUGGAACAGUACAGAGACUAAUAAACUGGACAAAUGGAGAACGAGCGAACCUACAGGCAACUAAUAAUGUGAAUAAAACAGCCCUGCAGGUGGCAGAGGCAGAGGAAACACAGGCUCACCAGAACAUAAGUACCCUGCUAAAGAGGAAGAUGUUCCUUGUAAAAUAA